CCAUAAGCUCGGACCAUGCUGCGGGUCAGGUGUCUCAGAGGAGGUAGCAGGGGCGCAGAGGCCGCCCAUCUGAUUGGAGCCAUGUUCGGGCGUGCAGUGACGGGUUGGGCGCAGAGGGCGCAGAGGGCGCUGCAGAGCACAUCCAGCGCCGCUGUGGCCGAGCCGCACCUGGAGGACGAUCACGUUACUGACGCACUGGAGCAGGACUGUCCCGUGUGCAGCUACAACGAAUGGGACCCGCUGGAGGAGGUGAUCGUGGGCCGAGCCGAGAACGCUCACGUGCCUCCGUUCACUGUGGAAGUGAAAGCAAACACUUAUGAGAAGUAUUGGCCUUGGUAUCAGAAAUAUGGAGGCCAGUCUUUUCCUGCGGACCACUUGAAAAAAGCAGUUUCUGAAAUUGAGGAAAUGUGCAAUAUUCUGCGCCAUGAGGGAGUGACGGUGAGACGCCCCGAACCCAUCGACUGGUCCAUGGUUUACAAGACUCCAGACUUCGAAUCCUCUGGUAUGUAUGCAGCUAUGCCCAGGGACAUCCUCAUCGUGGUGGGCAAUGAGAUCAUUGAGGCUCCUAUGGCAUGGAGGGCACGGUUCUUUGAGUACAGAGCCUACAGACCCCUGAUCAAGGAGUACUUCAAGAAGGGAGCCAAAUGGACCACUGCUCCAAAACCCACUAUGGCUGACGAGCUGUACGAUCAGGAUUAUCCGAUUCGUACCGUGGAGGACAGACACAAACUUGCAGCUCAGGGGAAGUUUGUGACCACAGAACACGAGCCCUGCUUCGACGCCGCCGACUUCAUCCGAGCCGGACGAGACCUGUUUGUCCAGAGGAGCCAGGUUACAAACUACAUGGGAAUUGAAUGGAUGCGGCGCCAUCUUGCCCCUGACUACAAAGUGCAUGUGGUCUCCUUUAAAGACCCAAACCCCAUGCACAUCGACGCAACUUUUAACAUCAUCGGCCCGGGACUGGUGCUGUCAAACCCGGAUAGACCAUGUCGCCAGAUCGACAUGUUUAAGAAGGCUGGCUGGACUGUUGUGAAACCUCCAACACCUUUGAUUCCUGAUGAUCAUCCUCUGUGGAUGUCGUCUAAAUGGCUCUCAAUGAAUGUUCUGAUGUUGGAUGAGAAGCGUGUUAUGGUUGACGCCAAUGAGACCACCAUUCAGAAGAUGUUUGAAAGUCUUGGUAUAAAAACCGUAAAGGUGAGCAUUCGUCAUGCCAACUCACUCGGAGGAGGCUUCCACUGCUGGACCACAGAUGUGCGUCGCCGUGGGACACUGCAGUCGUAUUUCCACUAG